AUGAGAGUGAAGUACAUGACAGCAAUGACAAAAGGAACUAAUAUCAAACCUAAUGAAAUCGCUCACGAGGACAUAGAGCUUAACAAGUAUUUUGUGGAGUAUCUUAU